CAUACGUUGAAGCGCUCGCUUGCCAAGCGGAUGCAAUUUCGGACAAGAAAAGAAAGAAAAGCAAGAAUUAAUUUUGUUAUCUUUUAUUUUUUUUCGACGCUCGCAAUAUACACAAUUACAAACGCAAACAAUUAAGUAAACUGUGGUCAAACAGUAGUUGAAAUGAAAACAGAUUGCUGAUAACACCAAAUCGUAAUGCAUCCAAUAAUAAUAUUAAUAUAAUAACAAGUGUGCAGCCUUUUUUUUCGCCCGCGUGAAUUUGGAAUCGGGAAAUCGGGAAUCGUGAAUUGUGUGUUGUGCGUGUGUGAAAUUUGCUGGUAACACAAAAAAAGGCAAAGGAAAUAGAGAAAAAUUAUCGGCAUUUUAAACGCUUUUUAAAGGGCAUAACAACAACAUCCUCAACAUUCGUCGUGUACAUUAAGUGAGAGCAGCAAACAACAACAACCGGCGACAACAAAAUAAAAACACACACAGCAAAACAAUAAUAACAACAACUGGUCACACUGUGCAUCACAAUAUCCAUGUGCGUGAGUGUGUGUGUGUGUGUGAUUGAGUUUUAAAGCCGCCGAUGCCGUUUGGUAAUUUGUUGAUUCAUUAAACUAAACGUCUGGACCAAUGCGUUACCGUUAGGAGGUGCUAUGGUCUGGUGUAGCGCUAUCAUGGGCGUUCUGACGCCGCCCCCCCAAUAUUGGGUCAACAAACAAUGCGGACUUUGAACGGGCAAGGAAAAUAGAUACCCCCAAAACAAGAAGAAGAAAAAACCCCAGACCCAGACCGAACGAGAAGGUGUCGAGAGCGAAAGGUAUUCGCCAAAUCAAAUGAGGCUGCAACACGUAAGCAGCCAAACAGCAGGUUGACCAUCAUCAUCAUCAGCAGCAGCAGCAGCGGCAGCGGAGAAGCAGGCGACUCUCGGACUCGCUUCGUAAAGCGACAACAACAACAACAAAAAACAAAUCCAAAUUCAGGCUUAACAGAAAAUGUUACAAAACUCGAAUGCAGCAACAGCUCAGCCCAAUACCACAACAACAGCAGCAGCAGCAACAACAACCACAACAGCUGCCAUGGCAGCAGCAGCCGCGGCGGCAGCAGCAGCAGCAGCGGCGGCGGCGGCGGCAGCAGCGAACAAUGCAGCGAUAGCCGCGUCAUCCAUACAACCAAAGCUGGUUGUCAUCCGAAGGCGUCCGAAUCAGGGCUUUGGUUUUACGCUGCGUCAUUUUAUUGCCUAUCCACCGGAAGAUGAUGCCGCCAGCUGGCCUCAGGAAGCGACGAAUGUUGGAGUUGGCGGUGGCGGCGGCGGUGGCGGUGGCAACGGCAGUGUCGUCGGCUUGGAGCCAACUUCGCUGCCGCCAUACCAAGUGAAAGCGAUGGAGACCAUUUUCAUCAAAGAGGUGCAAGCGAACGGACCGGCUCACUACGCAAACCUGCAGACGGGCGACCGGGUGCUAAUGGUGAACAACACGCCGAUCGCAGGCAUCGCCUACAGCACCAUUGUGUCAAUGAUCAAACAGACGCCAGCGGUGCUCACGCUGCACGUUGUGCCCAAGGAGUGCGAUGUGCUGCAAAUGCACUAUACAAGCAUUGCCCACACUCCGGAAUCGAAUCGUUUAACGAUGUCCGCACAAGCGCCGCCGCCUCCUCAGUCUCAGCCUCAGACGCAUUCACAGUCGCAAUCGCUGGCUGCAGUUUCGCCAGCAAUGUUGGCAAAUGGCGCUGCAACCAUUAAAUCCACAUUUCCACAGCAACAGUUGAUCUCAUAUCCCGCUGUUGCCAACUCGUCGUCAUCACCGGCGUCGUCCUCAGUAUCGCCAGCAACGCCACAGCAGCAGCAGCAUCAGCAGCAGCAGCAUCAGCAGCAGCAACAUGCGCCGCCUCUCCAUGGCGGCAGUCGCUCUGGCAGCAUCACUAGCAAUGCCAGCGGCAGUGGCAUCCCCGGCAAUAAUAGCUACCACAAUCAACAACAGCAGCAGCAGCUGCAGCGUAAUCAGGCAAUCACCGGCAGCAGCGGCGGCGGCGGCGACUUUGGCGACAUGGCCUAUGGACUGCGCCAGCAGCAACUUUACCAUCAGCAUCAGCAACUGCUGUCCAGCAGCUUUAUGCGUCCCAAUCAGCCGCCAAAUCUAACAGUAUUAGCAAGCGCAACCGCGACCACGCCCACCACACGCCAGCCCAAAUCGGCAGCGGCCCUGAGCCAAGCACUGUAUGCAGUGAAUGCAAGCGGCGGUUGCGGUGUCGGUGGCGGUGGCGACAAUAGCGACCUGAUGAUACGACUGCGCGAGUCGAUCAAACAGAAGGAGGAGUUUCUUAAAUCGCCGCUGCCCUCCGGUGUGUUGUCCGCCUCUGGAUCUGUAUCCUCCAACGGCAACGCAUCGCAGUCAUCGCCGCAGCAGCAUCAACACCACCAGCAGCAGCAGCUGACCCAACAUUUUUUCCCCCCGCACACACCACCGGGAACAGGUGGCGGAGGACAACGGGUGCGCCAUCAAGUGUUGCUUAAGCAGCAGCAACAGCAACACCAACAGCAGCAACAAGUUGUCCUCGGGUGCGAUAUGUAUAACAGUUAUGCGGGCAGCAAGCUGGUGGCACGCCCCUUGGGCGCUGUGCCGUCCCAGCAGCGUCAGGUGGCAGUCAACGUGGCCAGCAACAACAAUGCGGCGGCCAAAUACGCCAAGGAGCUGGACUAUUUCGAGACACUUCAGGAGACGGGCGUAACCAAUAAAGUAUUCGAGAGCAAACUGGUCUCGCACAUGUCCAAGGGCUUUGAUCCGUUCAAGCCGCUGUCAAUCAACACAAACGCCGUCGCCUCCGAAUCGACCAGCAGCAGCAGCAGCAUUGGCCCAGCGGGCAAAAAGCAAAGUGUCCUCUACGAGUCACUGCAACAGCAUCCGCUGCAUCAAAUGCAGGCCAAAUAUCAGCAGCAGAGCUCCAGCAGCCACAGCCACAGCAGCAGCACUGUCGAUGGACAGACCAGCAGUCGCAUGGAGCUGCACAAGGCAACACUUGCGAAUGCCACCAUCGACACCACACCGAGCAAGUAUAGCGAAGUGGUGGGGCAUUCACAAAGCAUCAGCAGUUCCUCGCACACUGUGGCUACAUUAGCGGACAUUGCCGAGAGCAGCGCCGCUGCCAUUGUGGACACAACAAUCGGAGCUGGCACCGUUGUGCGACGUUACAAACCACUGGCGUCCAGUUCCUUUGACGAGGGCAAACCAAUGCGACGCAUCUCGUAUCUGCGUGCCACCAACAACGAGACCGAAUACCAUGCGGAGACAUCAGCAUCAGCAGCUGCGGACAGCGUAGCGCCAGCGAGUGCCGCCGUUGCUGCUGUUGCAGCGGCAGCUGCUGCAGCCGCCGCCGUUGUUGAGCCGCACAAGACGAAAGCGCUGGUCGAGGAGCAUCCGGAUCCCACGUACGAUGUCAUCGGCGGCACUGGCGGUGGCCAUGAGUUCAUUGAAACGCCCAAUGGAUUGGAGGAUGUGCGUCUGUCCACGCAUCAUAGCAGUCGACGUGCCUCCAUGAACAGCGACAUGCGUAGCAGCAUUCACAUUGAUGCCGAGCUGAAUGGCAAAUAUGUGCCCAACGAACUGGAGGCCUUCGAGACGGAAAUUGAAAUCAAGUCGUCUUGCAUCAAUGGCAAGCGCAUGUCGGAGUAUCGUUCGUGGCGCCAGGUGAAACUGGUUAUCGAAGGAGAUUUGCUGCGCAUUUACUCUGGACGCCAUGCCAAGUCGGAGCACAAUGUGAUAGAACUUGAUAUUAGAAAUUUUAAAUUCUAUGACGAGUCAUUGGACAAGAAGAAGUACUUGAUACGCAUGCAAUCGAAGCCAAGUGCCAGCGGCGCUCAUUUGGCCACAUUGGGCAACGAACUGAAUUUGGACGAUGCCCACGACAAGCUGACAUCGUCGGGCAGCAGCAGCGCCGCCGAACCGCAAACGCCGGCGGCAACAACAGCGACAGCACCAUCUUGUGGUCCCUACACCGAAAUACUGUUCAAGACCAAGAGCAGCAAUGAGAUGAAGCGUCUCUUUGGCCUGUUGCAGUGGAAGGACAGCCUCAACUACGAUGAUAACGAGCAACAGCUGGCGGGUAAACAGUUGGCGGAGCCACAGAAAACAGCUGCCACUUCCAGCUAUUUGGAUGAUGUCGCCGGCGCUGCAGAUAGCUCACCAUUGAGCUCGCACUCAGGUGGCGGCUUGGUGGAGGGACCCGUGGCUGCCUCGAUCGCAGCGGCUGCCACAACUGGCGAUUCCAUAUCGCCGGUGAUGAAAUUGCGCAAACCCUCAUCGCACAAGAAUGUGCCGGAUAAGGAUUUGGGUUCGCCCAAAUCAAAGAACUGGAAGGAUUUACUCUUUCGACGCGGCGGCAGCGGUGGCGGUGGCGUCUCUCACGGCGAUUUGUCAUCCUCUGCCUCGGGUUGUGCCAACAAAACGGGCGGCUCCAUUGGUUUACCGUUGCGUGCCUGUCCCAUGUCCAAAACGAAUGCAUAUGUGCCGCAUUUGGUGGAGGUGUGCACCAAUAUUGUGGAGACCAAGGGCCUUAGUGUGGUGGGCAUUUAUCGCAUUCCCGGCAACAAGGCGGCCAUCUCGGAGCUGUCCGAGCUGGUCAACAUGAAGGACUUUCAAUUCGAUAGUUGCGCCACCGACGAUCGCUGGGAGGAUGUGAAUGUGGUCAGCAGUCUGCUGAAGCUGUUCAUUCGCAGCCUGCCGGAUGCGCUGAUGCCGGCCAGUUUCUACAUCAAUUUCAUUGAGGCGGACAAGAAGACGGGCCUGGAGCGCAUUGUGCUGCUGAAGGAGAUUGUGGAAUCGCUGCCGCGACAUCCAUACGAGACGAUGAAACAUCUGAUCAAGCAUCUGUGUCGCGUCAGCGACAAUUGCGAGGUGAAUCGCAUGGAGCCAAAGAAUCUGGCCAUCAUAUUUGGCCCAUCCAUAAUACGCACACCGAACGAUACGCUGGAGACGGCGGUCAAAGACAUGAAGCAUCAGUGUCGCAUUGUCGAGCUGCUCGUCACGCAGUAUGAAUAUUUCUUUGAGAACGGCAUCUUACCGGAUGUGGCAGAGUUAAGCGGCGGUGCAGCGGCGCCGAGUCCGGCACAACCGCAGCAGGCGCAGGAGGAUCAAACGAGCAUGUUGCUGCACAAUCUAUCGAAGAUUGAGCGGAUCACGGAGCGCGAGACGCGCACCUCACGAUUCAUUCCACAGCUGCGAAGGCGGACUCAUGGCAAGCGCAGUGCCGUCAACUCGGACACGUAUUCCGGCGAGAGUCUACUGGUAAGCGGCAACUCCUCCUCUUCCAACUGCACCACCAACUCCACCACCACCACCACCAACAACACCACCACAACCACCACCUCAACCUCAACCACCACCACAACCUCAACCACCAUACGCACCAACAAUCAGCGACGAAUGCAGCGAAAGGCUGUGCAAAGCAUUUGUGAUUUUGGCCUAAUCCUGCCUGCUGUUCACUUUCAGUCGCUGGACUACGCCAAGGUAUCGGCGAGCAGCACCAGCAGCAGCUCGACGCUGCAUAGCAGCAAAACGAAUACCACAUCCACCACAACCACAAGCAAGUUAAUCAGUUCAUCGUCAUCGACAUCGACGUCAACCACAUCGCAAUCGGCGUCGUCGACAGCAAAAGGUUCGUCCUCCACAACGAGCACCAAGAAGCGCAGCACUGGCGGCUUUCUCUCCGGUUCACGCAGCUCCCAGACACGCAAGGCCAGUCUCGACGAGAAGGAUUCGGGUAGCGUGGGUUCGGCCAGCAGCACAACAGGCGGCAGCGGCGGCAAGCAUGAGAAACAACAACAACAGCAACGCAGCAGCGUUGACAUCUCCAUACUGCUGACCGACGAUGACUCGAGCAGUCGCCUCAGCGAUACUGGUUCCAUGUCGCUGACCACGAUUACGGAUACUCUCGACAGCAAGCUGCGUAAUUUGCGCAGCGGUUCCGAGUCGAACGAUGAGAACGGCUCACCUGAAUUUCCCAAGAAUCGUCGGCACACACUCGGUCAGCCGCUGCACUUGCACUCUGAGAACAUUCCUUAUGCGGACGAAUCGCCGGAGCGUUUGUUUCACACAUUUUGCGCUCUGGACGCGCCCCAUUCGCUGCUGCUGAGCCGCUCGUGCACCGCCACCAACAGUUUGGGCGGUGACACCAAGGAGGACAAACAGCAGCAGCAGCAACAACAGCUGCAGCAGCUGAUGAUGAAACCCGUUGUUGCUCCAUUGCCCGCGAAUUUGCUGAAAGCAGCGCAUAAGCUGCAGCAUUCGGCCACGGCGCCCAUACAUCAGGGCAGCUCAACGGCGCCAGCAAGUGGCGCUGCCACGCCCACCGCCGGCACCGGCUCCAGCAGCGCCUCCACGCCGUUGGCCAGCACCCCGAGCUCGCAGACAGCGUCGACGGUGCAACGCAAUUCGUACAGCAGCAAGAAUCUGCGCUUUAGCAGCUCGCUGGCCUACGAACGGGGCAUUGGAUGUGGCGUUGGCGCUGGAGCCGGAUCCGAUGAUGAUUCGGAGGGUUCGACAACCAGUGAUCCGAAGGAGAAACUGCUGAUGGCAUCGCCAUCGUUUUUUCUCGAGCGCUACAAUAAAAAGCGACGCGACCAUCGACUCUUUCGCAGUGCCAGCUUCAAUUGUCGCAACUAUUCGACGCGACACAUGAGCAACAGCAACUCAACAUCAUCGUCAGCUGCUGCGGCCGCUGCUGCAGCCGCCUGCUGUUCCCCCACAUCGUCGUCGACAGCGUCGUGGGCGCAUGCCGCUGCCGCACUGACCAAGGACGAAAAGACUGACAUGAAUCUGACGAAGAAGCGUCAGAUACAAAACAAGCAGAAUCGUUCCAUUAAACGGCGUCACACAGUCGGCGGACCACACGACUAUGCGGCCAAUAGUGGCGCUGCGAUUCCCAGCGCUAGUGGUGGUCACGAUCUGGCCGCCAUCAAUUACAAUCACCACAAUCGGCAUCAUCAGCAGCAGCUGCUGAAAUUGGGUGGCGCUGGGGGCGGAGGAGGAGGCGGCGGCGGCACAGAGGAGACAACCACGACGACAACCACAACGACAACAGUGUUGCGUAGAUUAGGUGCGCCAGCGGCGAGUGUGAGUGGAGUCAGUGUCAGUGAUGCGGCCAAUGUGGCGUUGCCCGUCUCGUCGGGCACAAGCUCGAGCAACAAUAGCAGCAGCAGCAGCAACAGCGGCAGCAAUGCGACCAACAACAACAAUAACAACAAUUCGCCACUUAGUGAUGGCAGCAAUGCGAAUAGCGCAUCAUCGAAUGUUGGCGGUAGCAACAACCCUGGUGGCAGCAGCUCGAAUAACAGCAGCAGCAGCAGCAGCAACACUGGCGUCUCAGCUGGCGAUCAGGUAUUGGAGGUGGGCAUACGUAUUAAGAAUAUCAAUCGAGGACGUUACUAAACAGCAACACAACACAAUAAUGAAUCAGAGCGAGAGAGGAGUAUGGCAGCAAGAGCGAGAGAGCGCGAGAGAAUUGUACAUACAGAAAAUAAGAAUAUGUUCAAGAAAAAGUAUUUAUUUACAAUGGCAAAUCGAAACCUCACAUAUACACUCAACACACACACACACACACUCAACGUGGGAACAAGAAACACGAAGGAGAAGGAGAAUGCGUGGUAGUAAUAGAUAGAGGGAGACAGAUCAAGAUAGAGAGGGAGAAAGAGAGAUAAAGCUAUUUUGUAAAACCUAUACACAGUACGGGAAAUAUGCUUAGCCCAUAUAUAUUUGUAAAAUAAUCAUGUUUAUACAUAAAAAGCAAAGGUAUAUACACAUACAUAUAUGUAUUAUAGAGAUAUAUACCAGAUAUAGGUAGAACUUGGCUCAAAAGUUGAUAUAUAAUUAUUUAAAGAAAACCAAUCUACAACAUAUAUACAAUAAACCAUGCAAUGUCGCCUGCCCAGAGAGUGCUUCAAAGGAGACACACACACAGAGACAGACAGACGGACAUAAUUCGGACUGUAUGUAGUUUUGUACCUGUACCUGUCGAUGCGAUGCUAAUGCAAUGCAAUGGUGAUGAUGUUAUAAGUUGGGUGGUAGCUAGCAGAGCGUGUAGCUGCCGCAGUUGCAGCAGUUUCGGUGCCUUUAUUACUUUGCUUUAAAAUGUUGUUUGGUGACAUGAUUUAGGGAACAAUGCACAAUAGGAAGAUGGUUUGUGCAGACGACGACGAAGACCAGUCAAUCCAUUCUUGGUGGCUGGGCAGCUUAACAUCAUUGGCCCCAUUGCAAAAACAGACAGAGCAUAAUGUGUGUACUACGUUAACACACAAGAGGAGUAAACUAACUAUAUACAUACAUACUACUUGGUGUAUUUUGGUGCUCGCGCGGUGUCAUUAGUCUAAGAAAAUCGACCAUGAAAUUUGUAUUUUGUGUUUUGUGUAUUUUGAAAUUGUCAUAAGUUAACGAUAAAUGUGUUGAAUCCUCUUGGAGUUACAUACAUAGCAGGCGACAGACAACAAACAAAUUAUGGUGUAAACACACGGUACGCAACAAAUCUUAUAAAAUUUCCCCCAGAUGAGGUUUUUUUUUUGUAUUGUAUAUUAUGUUAAUGUCAAGUCGACCGCUUAUGAGUAUCCAUUAUAAAUUAUAUACUACAUACACAUACAUAUAUAUAUAUAUAUAUUUAAAUAUAUACACUUACACACAUAUAUAUGUAUGUUUCAUAUAUCCGAUCAUUUACUUGAAUACCGACCAUAAGUCAAAAGGUUUUGGAAACAAUGCAGAAUGUAUUGGAUCGAAUCGUGUUGAGUUAUGGCAAAUGUCAAGCUAAUGAUUGUGCAAUUGUAUAUUUUUUGAUAUUAUCUUAAGUUAUAUUCAACACGCAAAUAUUGAUGAAAACGAAAAUAUGAAAAAACGCAAGAGAAAGUUACGCAUACAUAAUUAAAUAUUAAGUGAUUAGAACCUAUAGUUGUAUAUGUAGUUUUAUACAAACACCCGCAUACGCACACACACACACAUGCAUAUUAUAUAUAUUUGUAUAUAAAUGCAUGUUUAUACACACACUGACACACGUACAUAAAUAUGCAUAUUGUAUAAAACUUUUCUUUGUAUAUACCAUUUAUCUUGCUAUCUUCUGAUACUUUCGAUUUGUUUAACUAUUAUUAUUAUUAUAAUUUUCUCCUCUAUAUAUAAUUAUAUAGACAUGCUAUAUACAUAUAUAUAUAU